AUGGCCGCCGCGAACCCCCAAAAUGUCAUAAGAAGAAAGCUCGUCAUUGUCGGUGACGGUGCCUGCGGCAAGACUAGUCUGCUAAGCGUCUUUACGCUGGGCUUCUUCCCAACUAACUAUAUCCCGACCGUCUUUGAAAAUUACGUCACCGACUGCCGCGUAGACGGCAAGUCUGUCCAGCUCGCCCUCUGGGAUACCGCCGGCCAAGAAGACUACGAGCGACUGCGCCCUCUAGCCUACGCCAAGGCCCAUGUUAUCCUCAUUGGCUUUUCCGUCGAUACCCCCGAUUCGCUCGACAAUGUCAAGAACAAAUGGAUCACAGAAGUCAUGGAUAUCUGCCCGGGCGUCCCUAUAAUCCUCGUCGGUCUCAAGAAGGAUCUGCGCGAAGACCCCGUCGCCAUUGAGGAGAUGCGCAAAAAGUCGCUGCGCUUCGUCACCACACACGACGGCGAGUCCGUCGCCCGCGAGGUCGGCGCCAAGCGUUAUCUCGAGUGCUCCAGCCUGAGCGGUGAAGGUGUCGACGAUGUGUUUGAGGCCGCCACACGCGCCGCCCUGUUGACGUUUGAGAAUGGCGAGGGCAGCGGCUGCUGCGUUGUCUUGUAA